CGAUUGGAGAAAGCAUGCUGUCAAUCAUGAGGGGCAUCCCAUUUGUGCUGCAUGUACGUCUCUCAGGAUUUCCCAGACUUACAAUGCUAGAAUGGAGCCUGCCAGCAUCGAUAACCUAAGUGUUCUGUAUCUAAGUCCUGACUUUAUUGUGGUUAACAAACACUGGGAUAUUCGCAUCGACAGUAAGAGAUGGUAUGAGAAGCUAACUGUGCAGAGUCAGCUGAAGAAUAAGUUCCCUGAACUUGCAGACCCAGAGACAUUUUACGGUUUCCGAUUUUGCCAUCAGUUGGAUUUUUCUACCAGUGGUUCCCUGUGUGUUGCAUUAAAUAAGGCUGCUGCUGGCAAGGCUUAUACGUGCUUCAGAGAUCGAUGGGUCAGAAAGGCUUACCUUGCUCUGGUCAGAGGUCACGUUAAAGAAAGUAGAAUGGCAAUUGAUUAUGCAGUUGGUAAAAACUCAACAGAAGGAAUGACGCACAUGAUGUGUACAGAAGGAACCUUAGGUUGUGAGAAUCUCAAGCCUUGUAAAACUGAGUUGACAGUUCUUGAAUAUGGAACAUAUGACAAUGACCCAGUUACAAAAGUACUUUUACAGCCUUUAACAGGGAGGACACACCAGCUUAGGGUCCACUGUAGUGCAGUUGGGCAUCCUAUAGUAGGAGACUUCACCUACAGUUUCAAGAAAGACUGCAGUCCUUACCGAAUGAUGCUUCAUGCAUAUUACCUGAGAAUUCCUAUUGAGGAGGAAUUAAUUGAGACAAUUGCACCUGACCCCUUUCUAAAUCUGAUUGACAACAAAUGGGUUCCUCAUACAGUUGUGAACUUUCUAGAUGAUGAGAUCCAGAAACUCAAACAUACACCCCUAAUAGAAGAAUCAGAGAAACACGAACCAUUACUUAACCGCAGAGAGCACAAAAUGGAAGUACCCGCAGAAAAUGAAGAACAGCAAAUUAAAUUUGAGCAGUGGUUGUCUGAGUGGACUUUAGAAUAAGAUUUCAAAAAGACAUGGAAGUGAUGUCUGUUGCUUUAUUGCUACUUAUUUUUAAAUGUUUUGUAAUGAUUUUAAAUCUUAACUUCAUCAAUCAUAUUCUGCUGGUGAUAUUGUGUACAUCAUUUUUCUAAACACACAUUGGUCAUUCCUUGGCAGGCAAGUGAAGUAUGCUCUAUACCAGGAUUUAUUAUUUUAUUAGGGGCAGCAUUCCUUGUUACCCCAUUGUUCUGAAAGUUCAAGUCUUUAUCAGUAUUUUGUGUGUGUUUCUUGCCAUUUGUAAUAUUGUUGUUUUUCACUAUAACACUUUACUGAUUGAUGUACAUGUGGCAUGCACAGACUGAUGCACAUACUGCUAAGCGACGCAUAUUUGUAAUUUAUUGUGAAUCUUGUUAAACUGCAGACUGCAGCAGGAUAGCAACACUUAGGAUUGUGGCAUAUUCCAGAAAUUAAACCCCUUCCAAGUACCAGCUGCAGCAUCAGCCUGCUUAAAUCUGUAGGUAAACAUAAAUCGACUGGUCCUGUAAUCCCCACAUUUACGCAUAAUCAAUGUGCUUUCUCAAAUAUUAGUUUUUAUGACUCUCAUUUUACUGAAACUGUUUUGCUGACACCUGAUUGUACUGAAAAGUUUAGCUUUGAAACCGGAAAAGAUAUGCCAUUGUGCACAACCUCCCGUAGCAACAUAUAACACAAACUGAACUUUUUAUCCAUUGUCCUAGAAAAGUUUGGUAAAAUUCCAGAAUAUGGAUUACGUAGUAACUGGUGAUGUGAAUGGGUCACAUUGAAUUUGGACACUUCCUUAACAGUUUGUACAUUUCUUCUUAACUUUGCUACUUGUACUUAGAGGUUCUGUUGAGUAUAUGCAUAUAUAAUUUUCCUGAAAAAAAUCUAGAAAUAUUCCGGAACUUGAUGUACUUGAUUAAUAGUGAAGUGAAAGGAUUUUGUGGAAUUUCGCCUUUUAAAUCAGAUCAUUCAUUCAAAAGAGCUUGUACUUUUUUAAUUGUAUUUAUUUUUUAUUUAUUAACUAGGCAAAUGAGCUAGUCAUUCUCAGAGCUUUUACAACAACCACAUGGGCUACAAGAGCAGGAAACUGCCAUAUGUGUAGCUAAUUUGAAAAAAAAAAACAGUAAACCAGAAUAUUAUGGAAAUUCAGAUGGAUUUUGUAGUACAUAGAGGAGAAGAAGUAGACAAGGGAAAAAUGAGCAAACUUCAUACAGACAGGGACUGGCAGUCAGGACUGAACCUUGGAGUUGUGAGGUAGAAAUCCUAUCACUGAGCCAAAGUAGCAACCACCUUUCUUACAUAAUUGUCUGUAUUUGGAAGGCUGUAUUUAAAAUGUGUUUUUAUUCUGCAUUUAUGGAAAUACAAAUAAAAAUUAUAAAGAAAUUGC